AUGUCGUCAUCUAUUUUUCCAACUCAAGAUCAAGCUGAAAAAAGGUUUAAUAGCUUAUGUGGAACUCGAAUUCGAUUCAUUAUUAUGGUUCUCAUCUUAUUAUGUUUGACAUCUGUUUGGUUUGUUUUUUUUGUUUUUGAAACAUUGAUAACAAGAUUUUUCAAAAAUAUCAUUCAGGUCUAAUAUUCUAACUUUCAAUUUUGCGAUAAUUUGUAUGGAUGAAGAAGUUGGAGAUCAUCACAAUGAACAAAACAAAACAAAUUCAGAAUCAGAGAAUCCAAAAUUUACUGACAGUAAGAAUUUUUUUGAACAAAGAAAAAUUAGAAACUAAAAAAAACUUGAUCAGAUGAAAAUUCUUGGGCGAUUUCAAUUGUGGCGAUUGGUGCACUCGUUGCAAAUUUUCCAAUAGUUCAACUUGUCGGAAAAAUUGGAAUUCGAACUGUUUUCGCUGGUCUUGGUUUGAUGUCAGGAAUUGCUACACUCCUGAUUCCUCUUGCGAUUCAAGUGAGUUUUCGAGAAAAACAAUUUGGAAAUCAUUUCAUUAAAAACCCGUCACCACAUUAUUUUUCAGUUGGGAUUUCCAUAUUUUCUCGCUGUCCGAUUUGUUCAAGGCAUCGCAUUCGCUUCAAAUUUCCCAGUAAUUGGAGCAUUUUGUGCUAAAUGGUCAUAUUUCAAACAAAACGGUUUAUUUGUCUCAUCUCUUGUCGCUUAUGUCCAACUUGCUCCAGCAAUCACAAUGCCAGCUUCAGCAGGACUUUGUCAUUCUUUUGGUUGGCCUUCAAUAUUUUAUGCUCACGGCUCAGUUUGUAUUUUCUUUUUCCUGAUCUACGCGAUAUUUUUCCGAAAUUCCCCUCAAGACCAUCCAUGUGUUGGGAAAACAGAGUUGGAUAAAAUUAGCGUUGGAAAAGUUGCGACUGUUCAGUGAGUUGAUUUUUUCUUUAAAAUUUUUUUUCAAAUUUAUCAUAAACUUAUUGCAGAACAAUACCGUACUGUAAGAUUCUGAAGACUCGAGCAAUUUGGGCUGUUUGGAUCGCUGCGAUUGGAAAUUUCUUCUGUGUCAAUAUGUUAUUCUUAUUCAGUCCAGUUUAUCUCUCGAAAGUUCUUGGCUUCCCAGCCCACAGUACUGGAAUAACAGCCGCUCUUCCACCAUUCCUCCAAUUUUUCUCCAAAGUUAUUUGCGGUGCGAUCUCAGAUCGCUUAAAAUGUUUUCCAGAAGGUUGGAAAUUCCGAAUUUUCAAUUCUUUUGCCUUCUUUGGAUCUGCAGCUUUUCUCAUAACAUUGGGUGUAAUCGGUGAUUCAGAAAGAGAUUAUAAUAUGUUUGUUUUGGGUGCAUCGGCUGCAAUGUUGGGUGCAACAACUGGUGGAUUCUUCAAAGCGGCACCAUUUCUUUCAAAACAAUACAGUCAUUUUGUAACUGGUAAUAUUUCAUUGGGUAUUACGAUAACAAUGAUAAUUGUGCCAUUUUUUGUGAAUGCUUUGACACCGAAUGAAACACAAGAAGAAUGGAGUCAUGUAUUUUUCAUAACUGCAGCUGUUUUGGUAAGUUAUAGAGAUUUAAUUGAGGGGUAGGGUUAAAUAAAAUAUCCCACAGUAUCAAUUCAAAUAAAAUUUACUGACUGAAAAUCAGGAUAAAGUUUUAAAUUUUUGGAUGUACGUAAAUAAUUCCCAUUCUUUUUUUUAGUGUUGGAACACAAUUCACAAUCAGAUAUAUUUUCAGAUAAUCACUAAUAUAAUUUUCCUAAUAUUUGUGAGAGGCGAACCUUGUUCCUGGACAUCACAUCAAAACGAUUCGCUGGUGCCUGAAAUCCAGAGUGGAAAAUAUAGAAAAAGACGGGAAAUCUCAUUUAGUCCAGAUAUUCGAUAUUAA